AUUCUCUAUCAAAUAUCCAAACAAAGUAAAAACUCGGUGAACUCAACUACACUACGUACGCUCUCCUUCAGUCAGUCUCGCUCGCUUCGCCGCACUCUCGCCGGACGGAGCAGUCCAGUACCCCCUCGCCGGAAAGGUCCAAACCUUUUGAGUUCAAUGCGGCACCAAACUUACUUCUUCGUUUAUUAUUCUCCCGUUUAACCGUUUUUCGCAUGUAUAUCAAUUAAGAACACUAAAACCCUAAGCUCCUUCUAUUUUUCAGUGCAAACUCUAAUUAUCCAAGUCCAAUAGAAUAAGAAGCGAUGUCUACGCUAGAAAUUGAAGCUCGAGAUGUCAUCAAAAUUGUGCUUCAGUUUUGCAAAGAAAAUUCAUUGCAUCAGACAUUUCAGACACUUCAGAACGAGUGCCAGGUUUCGUUGAACACUGUGGAUAGCAUUGAAACCUUUGUUACUGAUAUUAAUAGUGGAAGAUGGGAUGCAAUAUUGCCUCAAGUUUCUCAAUUGAAGCUUCCAAGGAAUAAAUUGGAGGAUUUGUAUGAGCAGAUUGUAUUAGAAAUGAUUGAACUUCGAGAGUUGGAUACUGCACGUGCAAUUUUAAGGCAAACACAGGUGAUGGGUGUCAUGAAACAGGAGCAACCUGAAAGAUAUUUGCGUCUUGAACAUCUCUUGGUCAGAACUUAUUUUGACCCGAAUGAGGUACUGAUCACUAUUUACAUUUUUGCAAUUGCCUGUUCUCCAAAUCAAUCAAUGUUUUGCUUUGGGACAAAAAGUCAUGCAGAAUGUGCUUGCUUUUCACCAGAUGGGCAGUUUCUUGUAUCUUGCUCGGUUGAUGGGUUUAUCGAGGUCUGGGAUUACUUAAGUGGAAAACUAAAGAAAGAUCUUCAGUACCAGGCAGAUGAAGUGUUCAUGAUGCAUGAGGAUGCCGUGCUUUGUGUAGACUUUAGCAGAGAUUCAGAGAUGCUUGCAUCUGGAUCACAAGAUGGAAAGAUCAAAGUCUGGCGUAUAAGGACUGGUCAAUGCUUGCGGCGUCUUGAGCGUGCACAUUCCCAAGGUGUGACAAGCCUUUCCUUCUCUCGUGAUGGAAGCCAAUUAUUGAGUACAUCAUUUGACAGCACAGCAAGAAUCCAUGGUCUCAAAUCUGGAAAGAUGUUGAAAGAAUUCCGUGGGCAUACAUCUUAUGUGAACGAUGCAAUUUUCACAACUGAUGGUAGUCGUAUCAUUACUGCAUCUAGUGAUUGUACAGUGAAGGUCUGGGAUGUGAAGACAACAGACUGCAUACAAACUUUUAAGCCGCCAUCUCCUUUAAGAGGAGGUGAUGCUUCUGUCAACUCUGUUCAUAUUUUCCCCAAGACUACUGACCACAUUAUUGUUUGUAAUAAAACAUCAUCAAUAUACAUCAUGACACUUCAAGGACAGGUUGUUAAGAGCUUCUCAUCUGGUAAAAGAGAGGGUGGCGACUUCAUUGCUGCUUGUGUUUCACCUAAAGGAGAAUGGAUUUAUUGUGUCGGUGAAGACAGGAAUAUGUACUGCUUCAGUCACCAAUCUGGCAAAUUAGAGCAUCUGAUGAAGGUCCAUGAGAAGGAAGUUAUAGGCGUCACCCAUCACCCCCAUAGGAAUCUUGUUGCAACUUAUAGUGAAGACUGCACAAUGAAGUUAUGGAAGCCUUGAUCUUCGUCUGCCCGCUAUUAUGACCUCCAUAAGCACAAAUGAAAAUCAUAGGAAUACAUGUUUCUCGUUUGUAGCUGUACAAUGUUUUUUCUCUCUUAUUUCCAUUUUGUAGCUUGUUAAUUCGUACGCUGCCAUUGGGAAUUGUAGGUGAGAUUGUACUUUUAUUUAUGAUUUAUGGUUUAUCGUCUUGAUAAAAUUAAAGGAAAAAAAUUGAAAUUAAAA